CUGCCAACCGCCACAUUUCUGAAUCUAACGUUGUCCCUUCAAACUACAAAGUAGAGUGAGUGACCCUGUUCUCUUAUUCCAUACCUCUCUGUCUUUCCUCUCUAUGCAACAAUGGCGGCUACCCACAUUCUCUCUCAAUCCAUCGCUAAAACCCUCCAUCACUUCUCAAACCCUAAAACCCCAAUUCUCACAAAACCUUCUAUCCUGUAUAACAAACCCUUAAGCCAUAAAACCUUAAUUCUCAGAUCAGUUCUUUCCCAAAACAAUUUCAGAACAAAGGCUGUAACUUUAGAAGCUGAAACCACCAAUUUCAAGCAUUGUUUCACCAAAGGAGAAGAUGGGUAUUUGUAUUGUGAAGGGCUUAAAGUGCAACACGUUAUGGAGAAUGUUGAAAAGAGACCAUUUUAUUUGUAUAGUAAACCCCAAAUUACAAGAAAUGUUGAGGCUUAUUUGGAUGCACUUCAAGGGUUGAGAUCAAUUAUUGGUUAUGCUAUUAAGGCUAAUAAUAAUUUGAAGAUUUUAGAGCAUUUAAAGAAGUUGGGAUGUGGGGCUGUUCUUGUAAGUGGUAAUGAACUUAGGCUUGCUUUGGCUGCUGGUUUUGAUCCUACCAAGUGUAUCUUCAACGGAAAUGGGAAGAUACUAGAGGAUUUGACCCUGGCUGCUGAGAGUGGUGUAUUUGUGAACAUUGACAGUGAAUUUGACUUGGACAACAUUGUAUCUGCUGCUAGAAUAGCAGGGAAAAGAGUGAAUGUUUUGCUUCGCAUUAAUCCUGAUGUUGAUCCUCAGGUACAUCCUUAUGUUGCAACUGGGAACAAGAAUUCCAAAUUUGGCAUCAGAAAUGAGAAAUUGCAGUGGUUUCUAGAUGCUGUAAAAGCACAUCCUAAUGAGUUGAAGUUGGUUGGAGCUCAUUGUCAUCUCGGGUCAACAAUUACCAAGGUUGAUAUAUUCAGAGAUGCUGCAGUGCUUAUGGUAGACUACAUUGACCAAAUCCGCGAUCAAGGUUUUGAGAUUAGUUACUUAAACAUUGGAGGGGGUCUGGGAAUAGACUAUUAUCACACUGGUGCUGUUCUACCUACACCUAGAGAUCUUAUCGAUACGGUACGUGAGCUGGUCCUGUCACGAGAUCUCAACCUUAUCAUUGAACCAGGACGAUCACUUAUUGCUAAUACUUGUUGCCUUGUUAAUCGUGUUACUGGUGUCAAGACCAAUGGUACAAAAAAUUUCAUCGUGAUUGAUGGUAGCAUGGCAGAACUUAUCCGUCCGAGUCUUUACGAUGCAUAUCAACAUAUAGAACUAGUUUCUCCAGCUCCAUCAGAUGCAGAGCUAUCCACUUUUGAUGUGGUGGGCCCUGUUUGUGAGUCCGCGGAUUUCUUGGGCAAGGAGCGCGAGCUUCCUACACCAGAGAGGGGAGCUGGAUUAGUAGUCCAUGAUGCAGGUGCCUACUGCAUGAGCAUGGCUUCUACCUACAACCUCAAGAUGCGCCCGCCAGAAUACUGGGUUGUGGAAGAUGGAUCGGUCGCCAAAAUCCGGCAUGGCGAGACAUUUGAAGAUCAUUUACGAUACUUUGCUGGUCUCUAAACUAAAUACUCGAACACUGCCAAUAAUCUUUGCUUCUCAUCCAACCCGAAAAGAUCCCAAAACUGAAAAUGUAUCUUGGACGAGCCGCCUGGACUUCAUAGGUGUGUGUUCCCGCUUCCUCGAAUAGCUUCUCUUAUACUAUCAUAUUGGUUUCAUUCGAACGCUUUUGACACAUUAUGGUACAUCUAUUUAGUAGUCUAAUUUAAGGCAAAUAACGCUUGCACUAUAUUUUGUCCUCAAUUUUGUAUAUGCAAUUCGAGAGGUUGGACUUGAAACCUUAACCACCAUAA